UCGUGAUAGUCAUUUGUCAUUCAAAUUUCAAAAUCAAAUCAAAAUUGAGAUUUAUUAUAUAAUUUGAUAGCAAAACAAACUGUCGCACGUUUCGGUGCGUGUACAUAAUUGAUAGCUGGAAAAAAAUGCUGAGUACAUCCAUAUCUGUACGCCGUGGAAAAUACUGGAACAAUAACGUCAGAAAAUCCUAUGAGUUUAGUUGUAACAUUCACGCGCUUGUGCAAAUACGCGAAAUACAAUUAUAAUCAAUUAGAGAAGCAUUCCAAAUAUCCGGCUUUAUUGCUAAAUUUACCUGCGAAUCUACCACGGAAAAGGUGCAGAAACCACAGCAAAAUGUCUGGAGAGGAAGCUCAUCAUUUGGACCAAUACUAUGAAGAAGUGAUGAAUUUGGUGCAAAAAGCCGGCGAGAUAGUGAAGGAGAAGAUCUCAAAUCGCGACAAAUUCAUCGAAAAGAAGUCUUCAGACAUAGAUCUGGUCACUGAAACCGACCAACAAGUAGAAAAACUCUUAAUGGACAAUCUUUCAAAGAAAUUCCAAGGCCACAAGUUCAUCGGCGAAGAAACAGUCUCAGGUGGGGGCCAAUGCGUUUUGACCGACGCCCCAACAUGGAUCAUCGAUCCCAUUGACGGCACUAUGAAUUUCGUGCAUUCCUUUCCGCAUUCCUGCAUUUCGAUAGCUCUGUUCGUCAAGCAGAAGCCCCAAAUUGGGAUCAUCUACAACCCGAUGUUGAACCAGCUGUUCACUGCAAGAAAGGGCAAGGGAGCUUUUCUAAAUGGAAAGAAGAUCACUGUAUCAGACAAGAAACACCUCUCUGAAGCGUUGCUGAUGUUCGAGCUAGGCACUAGCAGAGAGCCAGAGAAACAGAGAGUUGUCAGCGAGAACCAAUCUGUUUUGAUGAAGCAGGCUCAUGGCUUACGAUCUCUGGGCUCUGCAGCCUUGGAUAUGGCGAUGGUGGCUUGCGGAGCUGCAGAUGCUUACUUUGAGUAUGGCAUCCACAUAUGGGACAUAGCUGCUGGGGAACUGAUCGUCACCGAGGCUGGCGGUGUUAUUAUGGAUCCAAAAGGCGGGGAACUGGACAGGUUUUCCAGAAGAGUCCUUAUAGCGGGGUCGCAGGAACUGGCCGAGAAGCUAAGCCAAACCAUUGUUCAGUUUUAUCCACAACCUCGUGACUAAAGUGUGAUUUAUUGUGUUCGAAUGAUAGAAAUAGGUGAACACCUAACAAAAAAUGUAUUAUUCUUUUUAAAAAAGAUGGGAUUUUUAAUGAAAUGUUUGAUUUUCCAAAAUUUUGGAAAAUCAGAUUUGGUAAUACUGCUAAAAGAUGUACUUACUAUACAAAGGAUGUUUCAAUUUUUAUUGUUGUUGACAUGGUUUAAAUGUUAGAAAUUAUAGGUUUUAUCCAGAUUAUAACAGCAUGGAGAAUAAAAAUAAUGUAAAUGUAUCGUUUUUUUUUUUAAGAAAUGCAGGAUUGUGAAAACUAGAUUGAUAUAUGACAGUAUGGGCCCUAUACUAAACCGUUUUAUAUAUAUAGUUGAAAAAAGCUUCCGCCUUUAGUUGGGUACUUCGACAACACUCAAGCAAUGAGGACUCUUUAUAUACUAAG